GUUAUUCCUUUUGACGUCGAUUCCAUUUCGGUUAUAGUGUUUAGGAUCUUUGUUGUCAGCAGCCGAUUUAUCAUCGCAGCUCUUGCCGAAUCUUACAUGAAGGACUUCGUCGUUACUAGUCUAAAUGCACAGUUAAGUAUCGAAGGGGAAAUCAACACGGCAACAAGUCUUAUCGACGACGGCCUUGCGAUUUUCCCCCAAACAGACAUAAAAGGACUUGAAAGCAUUGGCCGCGUAGGGCUCUUGAUCUCAAAUUCUUCACGGCGUCAACGACCACUUUUCCAAUUAAUGAAACGAAAUGACUGUGAUAAACACAAAGGGUGA